GCACCCUCUGCAUGAAGAGCAUGAGCUCAUUCUUACUCGUCAAGGGUCUUUCUACUGUGAUGGAUGUGGGGAAGAAGGACAUGUCUGGUCAUAUUAUUGUAAAGAAUGCGACUUUGAUCUCCAUCCAAAGUGUGCUUUGAAGCAAGAUGAAGGAGCUGAAGGUGAUGCCAAGGAGGAAGCUGAAGGUGAUGCCAAGGAGGAAGCAAAACCAAAAGAAGGAUUGGUCUGCAAAGGAGAGGUCUGCAAAAGAGUUCUUAGUAUUUUAUGUCCUUGGUUGGUUGUGUUAUUGUGUAUUAUAGUUAUGUUUUGGAUGCAGCAGCAGUCUUACCCUGAGUAACUAUCUUUUAGCUAAAUAGUGUCUAUGGUGUGUGAGUACGUUUUUAAUUCUGCCUGGUGUGUUCCCUAGUAAUGAAUAAAAGAACAUGUUUUCUGUUGUAAUCUCUCUUUGAUUAUGCAUUUGUAGUUUUUCUAUGUAUGUGAUCCAUGACAUAUCUACUAGCAGCUUUCUAGUAGUCGAUGAACAGCUUUGAGAGAUCCAAUCUCGUUGAUUUCUUCUAGUUAUUUGAAUUUCA